AUGCAUAUGUAUCAGUUUAUUAGACAUCGCCAGGUCAAGAAAGUACCUCGAGUACCUGAGUCGAUCUUGCAGAGGCGGCAGGUGGUUGCUGCCAGUAAGUCUACGGCCCUGAAGGUAGCAGCAGCCUACAAAAAGAAACAAGCUGCCACAAAGAACGUUUUGUUCAAGCGAGCGGAGAAAUAUGCCAAGGACCACCAGGCCACGGAGAGCAAUGAGAUCCGGCUUGCUCGCAUCGCAAAGAAGAGUGGAAACUUCUAUGUCCCUGCUGAGCCUAAGUUGGCUUUCGUCAUUAGGAUCAGAGGUAUCAAUGGCAUCCACCCGCGGCCCAGGAAAGCUCUCCAGCUGUUCAGAUUGAGGCAGAUCAACAACGGUGUCUUCGUCAGACUCAACAAGGCAACACUGAACAUGCUGAAGAUUGUGGAGCCAUACCUGAUCUACAAGAGAGGCUACGGAAAGGUCAACCACCAAAGGAUUGCUCUGACUGAGAACUCUGUUGUUGAGAAAGAACUGGGCCCCAACUUCAAGUAUGCCUCCAACUUCCUCUGGCCAUUCAAGCUGAACUCUCCCCUGGGAGGCUGGCGCCGCAAGUACAACCACUACAACGAUGGUGGUGAUUACGGUUUCAGGGACACCAAGAUUGAUGCCCUGGUUAGACAAAUGCUGUAA